CGUACCUUGGCGUCCAGGACGCGUGUGUUGUGUUACAUUUUUUCGCUUGGCUCAGCAAAGUAUGUCCAAGAUGUCUCGCUACCCGCACGACGCCAAGGUUUACGUCGGUGAGUUAGGUAACAACGCCAGCAAGCAGGAUAUCGAGGAGGCGUUCGGAUACUACGGGCCGCUGCGGAACGUAUGGGUCGCCCGCAAUCCGCCCGGGUUCGCGUUCGUUGAGUUCGAGGAUGCGCGCGAUGCCGAGGACGCGGUGCGCGGACUGGAUGGGCGGACGAUUUCCGGACGCCGAGCGCGGGUCGAGCUGUCGACGGGUCGCGGAGGACGCGGCGGUGGUGGUGGCGGCCGUGGCGGACCGCCCCGCGGUGGAGGUAAAGGAGGCGGCGGUGGUGGCGGCCGGUUCCAAUCGGAUGACCGGUGCUACGAGUGUGGCGGACGGGGCCAUUUCGCCCGCGACUGCUCGCGCCGCCGUGGCCGCAAAAGAUCUCGCAGCCGUAGCCCGCGCUCUCGCUCGCGUGAGCUAAAGACGCGCUCGCGCAGCUACAGCCGUUCCCGCAGCCGUUCCCGCGAACGUGGGUCGCGCACCAAGACGACACCAAAGCGUGCGGGCGCCCAGAACCAUCGCUCGCUCAGCCGUGGCGCUAGCAAAUCGCCACGCCGCGCGGUGACCAGAAGCCCAUCGAGAAGCCGCUCGCGCACGCCGAAGCGCUCGGUAUCGCGCUCCCAGUCGCGCUCCAUGUCGCGAUCGCGGUCUCGUCACCGCAACGGUGACCACGAUUAAAAGUGCAGCCUCAGCCAGCCGGCCACACUCACUGCUGUGUGCCGUUCCCCGAAGAAGAUGAUCCUCAACCUCAGCUACCUUGGCCGGGUGGCCAGAGAGAAUGUACCCGGGAAUGCACGAAGAGUGGCCGGAUGGGGCACGGUCUGGUAGAAUGUAAUCCCCUUUUGUCAACAAAACACCUACCCUUAUUCAACUCGUAGCCACCCAGAGUUCGGAUGGCGGAAUUUCAAACCCCCCCUACCGAACGGAUGGACCAAAAGAUUUUGCGACCGCUUGAUCGCGUCACAUACAACAAAAGCAUGCAUCAACAGUAACAGGGAGCGUGUGCAAGACCACCGAGCAAGCCAGAACGAGAGCAGUGGCCAGAGAGGAGAGCAGGGUUUAUAAUUUAUAGACAAAAACACAGUAACGUAUCGGCUAAGAUUAUGCAGAUUAAGCUCUCGUAAGAGAUUCACAAGUUCAAACUCCCAGCGGGCGCCCCCCCCCUUUGGGGCCAGCAACUAACCGUGUUCUCUCUAGCGCGUGUUUGUUGCGAUGCAACCGUCAUCCAUUGCUCACCGACGACAGAGGGCCAACACCCCUCCGUUUAGAUUCAGAAAACCUUUUUUGCCACGCAGAUCUGCACGAUUUUUCAAGUUCUCUGACGCUGCCGAACGAUGUCCUUCGAUGAACCGCAGGUCUGUAGUGGACACGAACGCAUCGGUUUGUAAACGGCAAGCCGGAAAAGAAAUCGUAGAAGAAGCCACCCGCCAAUCAUCGAUCUGUGUGAACAUUUUAAUGCCGUGUCGACGAGGCCCAAGCCAGCUUUCCUUUCCAUCACUUCAUACAACAGGCUGAACGAUUAUUUGUUUAUGAUUUGUAAUUACAAUAUGUACGGUUUGAUUUACGUGACGACGAAUAGGUAAGCGUUUAGCAUUGAGUGUAUAUGAAUAAAUCUAAUCCGAUAAACGAAAGUCUCGAUAUGGCCGGUCUGUUUGGGUUUGCUUACAUGAUCAGUAAUAGCACUUUGCAAGUCACACCCGAAACAACUGAGACCAGUACUCUACUGUAUUGUUUGGUGAAAUAGUCUGGUAUUGGCACAAAAAAUAAAUAUAACCUUUA